AUGAAGUUUAUCACAGUAACACCUGGGGCUGCUGUGAAUGUGUCAGAGGGAGAAAUCUCAGUUCCCAUGACCCUGUCAGUCCUGCAGAGGGGCUGGGGGGCACCGUCGGGGCCCGAGAUCCCGCUGUGCGCCGGCUGCAACCAGCACAUCGUGGACAGGUUCAUCCUCAAGGUCCUGGACCGGCACUGGCACAGCAAGUGCCUGAAAUGCUCCGACUGCCAGACGCAGCUGGCCGAGAAGUGCUUCAGCCGCGGGGACGGCGUCUACUGCAAAGAGGAUUUCUUCAAGCGCUUCGGGACGAAGUGUGCCGCCUGCCAGCAGGGCAUCCCCCCGACCCAGGUGGUGCGCCGGGCACAGGACUUCGUUUACCACCUGCACUGCUUCGCCUGCAUCGUCUGCAAGCGGCAGCUGGCCACCGGCGACGAGUUCUACCUCAUGGAGGACAGCAGGCUGGUCUGCAAGGCGGACUACGAGACGGCCAAGCAGAGAGAGGCUGAGUCUACAGCCAAGAGGCCCCGCACCACCAUCACGGCCAAGCAGCUGGAGACCCUCAAAAACGCGUAUAACAACUCGCCCAAGCCGGCGCGGCACGUCCGGGAGCAGCUCUCGUCGGAGACGGGGCUGGACAUGCGGGUGGUGCAGGUCUGGUUCCAGAACCGCCGGGCCAAGGAGAAAAGGCUGAAGAAGGACGCGGGGAGGCAGCGCUGGGGGCAGUACUUCAGGAACAUGAAGCGAUCCCGGGGGACAUCCAAGUCCGACAAGGACAGCAUCCAGGAGGAGGGGCCCGACAGCGACGCCGAGGUUUCCUUCACAGAUGAGCCCUCCAUGUCGGAAAUGAGCCAUUCCAACGGGAUUUACAGCACGCUGAGCGAAGCCUCGCCGGCGCUGGGGCGGCAGGCGGGCACCAACGGGAGCUUUGCCCUGGAGCACGGCGCCAUCCCGGCCCCGGAGCCGUUCCACGAGCUGCGCUCCAGCAGCCCCUACGGAAUCCCCCCGUCCCCCGCGGCCCUGCAGGCCCUGCCCGGCCACCAGCCCUUAAUCUCCAGCCUGGUGUACCCCGACAACGGCCUGGCCAUCAUGGGACAGAGCGGAGCAGGGGUGCCCCAGCCCAUGAGGGUCCUGGCCGGGAAUGGACCGAGCUCCGACCUCUCCACGGGCAGCAGCGGCGGGUACCCCGAUUUCCCGGCCAGCCCGGCCUCCUGGCUCGAUGAGGUCGACCACGCUCAGUUUUGA